AAAAAAAUAUCCUGAGUGGAAUUGCUUCUGGAUCAUGAUACAGUCGACCCUUUCUUCUCCAACACAAUCCAUCAUUUCCCCACACUCAGCCACUCUCCACCUACCGCCGCCGUCCCCGUUGACAUUCGCCACCGUCCACCGCCACUCACUAACCCUAAUUUCUCAAUUCUCUUCAUCAUAUUCACCAAAUCAUCUUCUUCAACCAGCCGCCAAUCACUCUACUCCUCCAUCUCCGCUCCUGCUUCACGAUUAACCUCCGAUCGCUUCAAUUCGCCAAGACAAAAUUCCGAUUGCCGCUGUCAUUCGCAUUCCGUUUUUUUUUUCUGCACUGUAAACGGCAUGCAGAACAGUGGCAGUCUUCCGAAGAGCAAUUCGUUAAGAACCCCUCAGCAAGCGCUUCGCCACCUUAAUUGUUGCUCCCAAAUAUCAACCGGUCAACAAACGUCUCCAGUUGUGUUUCCUGAAAAGCGUUCUAAAACUAAAGCUUCAAGGCGAAAUGAUGUCAGCGCCAGCAGUGAUGCUUCCAAGAAAGCAAAGAGGGAAGAACACAGGAUUGAUAUUGCAGAUGAGCAAUCUGAUUUGUUGGGAUAUGAAGUGUUAUCUGGAAAGCUAGUUUUGGAUAAGAGAAAGACCGUUAAAGAGACUGAUGCGCAAAAUUCAACAGAGUUUUCUCACUUGGAUCCUGUUGAUGCUAAGCUUACAAGCAAGGCUUUGGUUUGGGGUUCUUAUGUUUUAAACCUUGAUGAUGUCAUUUCAGUGUCUUACAACUAUGGUCUGAGACAUUUUACAGUACAUUCAUACCCUAUAAAAAGGCCUUCAUACAGCCUUUCUUGUUUUACGAAAUCCGGUCGAAGCAGAAAGGAUUUUCGCUUUUUGGCUUCUACUCCCGAUGAAGCUUUUCAAUGGGUUUCCGGAUUCGCAGAUCAGAAUUGUUUUGUGAAUCAUUCACCUCAUCAGAAACAUGGUUCCGAAAUGUUGCCUACCGACUUUUCUUAUUCACAUAUCAAAAGUAAAAGUCCACCUAGGAUGCUAGUCAUCUUAAAUCCACGGUCCGGUCGUGGUCGCUCCAGCAAAGUUUUCCAUAAUUUGGUUGAACCGAUAUUUAAGUUAGCAGGGUUUAAGCUGGAGGUAGUCAAGACAAAUUCUGCGGGCCAUGCUAGAAAUUUAGCGUUCAAUGUUGAUUUCAGCACAUGCCCUGAUGGAAUUAUAUGUGUUGGAGGCGAUGGAAUCGUCAACGAGGUUCUAAAUGGUCUUCUUUGCAGAGACAAUCAGAAAGAAGCAAUUUCAAUCCCGAUUGGUAUCAUACCCGCUGGCUCCGACAAUUCUUUAGUCUGGACUGUUCUUGGUGUUCGGGACCCAGUUUCUGCUGCGCUAGCUAUAGUGAAGGGAGGACUCACUGCUACCGAUGUAUUUGCUGUCGAAUGGAUCCAAACAGGUGUCAUUCAUUUUGGAACAACGGUUUCAUACUUCGGUUUUGUUAGUGACGUGUUGGAACUUUCUGAGAAAUACCAGAAACGCUUCGGUCCUCUACGUUAUUUUGUUGCUGGUGUCCUCAAGUUCUUAUGCUUACCAAAAUACAGCUAUGAACUCGAAUACUUACCUGCAUCCCAAGAAAAAAACGAUCUAGAACGACAACACUUAGCCGACAAAGAUAUAGUUGAUAUGUCAGAUUUAUAUACAGAUGUCAUGAGGAGAUCAACUACAGAUGGAAUCCCAAGAGCGUCUAGUUUAUCAAGUAUUGACUCUAUAAUGACACCGAGUCGGUCUGUAGUCGAGAUGGAUACAACAUGUAGUAGCACUGAGCCGUCUGAUUAUGUACGGGCGAUUGACCCAAAAUCAAAACGUCUUUCGAGUAGUAGAAGUAAUGUGACGUCAGAUCCCGAGGUCAUCCAUCCUCAACCAGUUUCGUCAACUUCAAAUUGGCCGAGAACACGUUCGAAGUCGAGGACUGAUAAAGGGUGGAGUGGGCUAACAUCACAGGAUCCUACUAGGACGUCAUGGGGUAACCUAGGAGCUAAUGACAAAGAAGACAUAUCAUCCACGAUGUCAGAUCCGGGACCAAUUUGGGACCCGGAACCAAAAUGGGACACGGAACCCAAUUGGGAAAUGGAACACCCAAUUGAAUUGCCAGGCCCACGAGAAGAAGUUGAAAGCGGAGAAAGGAGGGAAAGCGGGGUUGUUAGAACGGAAGAAAAUUGGGUUGUUAAGAAAGGAAAGUUUCUUGGUAUUCUGGCUUGCAACCAUUCGUGUAAAACGGUUCAAAGUUUGAGUUCUCAAGUGGUGGCACCGAAAGCAGAGCAUGAUGACGGUAAUUUGGAUUUGUUAUUGGUUCAUGGAAGUGGAAGACUAAGGUUGUUGAGAUUCUUCUUGCUUCUGCAAAUGGGCCGACACCUUUCUCUUCCUUAUGUUGAAUAUGUGAAGGUCAAGUCUGUGAGGUUGAAACCAGGAAAAAGCACACACAACGGGUGUGGAAUCGAUGGUGAACUUUUUCAGGUCUCUGGUCAAGUCGUUUCAUCUUUACUUCCAGACCAAUGCAGGCUCAUUGGCCGCCCUCCAAGCAGCAAUGUGAAAUGACCAUUUUACCCCCUUCAAAUAUGGAUAUCCCUUUUUACCAUAUUUGAGGUGGUUGUAUAAUCUAAUAUUUUGCCGUCUUUGCCUUGAUAUCUUGUUCUCUCCUUUCCGACCGUAGUAUUGCGGUCUUAUAUAUAUUAUACUUUGUAUGUAUUGAUGCUUAGAGUGCAAACCUUAUAUGGAUGGAUACAAUAUUUUGGAAGCCGAUUUGAAUUGGUUGAUGUGUAUUGUAAAGCAUUUUGUAGAGUUUGACUUCGUGGCUUCUUUUCAACUUUAAAGAUUGCUGGAUUGAGAAAA